CUUUUCUUUUCCUUUCCUCUUUGUUAAACUCCGAUCCCCUGCCCCUGCUGCUUGAAUCUCCCUUCCCCCCAAGAGUCAUCUCAGUGCGAUCGGCAUGGAUCAUAGAAAAAUAACUGCAGGUCACCUAACAAAGUACGGGGUAAUACCCGGGAUAUUAGUUAUUGCCUGGCUUGCUGCAAGAGAUGAAUUGACAAUAAAUGGGUCACUAGUAGAACCAGCGAACCGAAUCGCUAGUAAUCAAAAGGAAACAGUGCUAAUAAAAUGAUAUUAUAAUAAUAAUAAUCAUCAUAAUAUUCAUUAGAAAAGAAAUAAGAAAUGGACACCUAUGUGGUAUUAUUGAGUCAGUAUUUACU